ACAAGCAAAGGACUUCCUCAUAAUUACUCAAACGUUAAAAUAGAGCUGGCCCUAACGGAGCAGGAGAGAGGGAGAGAAAGGUUGUUCGCCGCUGGCCGCCACCGCCACCGCCUACCCGAUCGGAGGCCACGCCGGAGUUUCACAGAACUGCACAAGGUGAAAAAACACCCUAGGUUGUUCCAGUGGCUGAAUCCAACUGCUACAGUUGUUUGAAUCUGAAGUAGAAGAAAGAUGGGAGAGAGGAAGGUGUUGAACAAGUAUUACCCACCGGACUUCGAUCCCGCCAAGCUUCCCAGAGCCAGAAGGCCCAAGAACCAGCAGAUUAAGGUCCGCAUGAUGCUUCCCAUGAGCAUUCGAUGCAACACUUGUGGUAAUUACAUCUACAAAGGCACCAAGUUCAACUCCAGAAAGGAAGAUUGCAUUGGUGAGACAUAUCUGGGAAUCCAAAUUUUCAGGUUCUAUUUCAAAUGUACCAAGUGCUCGGCUGAGCUUACCAUGAAGACAGACCCGCAGAAUUCAGAUUAUAUAGUUGAAUCGGGGGCGACCAGGAAUUUUGAACCUUGGCGUGCAGAGGAUGAGGUUGCUGAUAAAAUGAAGGAGAAGAGGGAAGCUGAAGAAGUUGGGGAUGCAAUGAAAUCUUUGGAGAAUAGAACUCUGGAUUCUAAAAGAGAAAUGGACAUCCUUGCUGCAUUGGAUGAGAUGAAAUCAAUGAAGUCUAGGCAUGCAACUGUUUCGGUUGACGAAAUGCUGGCGGCCUUGCAACGCACAGCAGAUGACAAGGAGAAAAGGCUGGAAGAAGAAGAUGAAGCGCUGAUAAAAUCAGUUAUCUUUAAUAAUUCAGAAGGUUAUGUGAAAAGAGUUCACGAUGAAGAUAUUGAAAGUGAUGAAGAAUUUGCUCAGGUUUCAGAUGUACAUGGUGAAACAUCCAAUUAUAAUCCAAAGAGGCAAAAAGUUUCUGAAGAUCUUCCAGGCAAAGCAACUGAUUCUCUGACAAAAGCCAGUUUGGAUGAUUCAGGCAAACAAGAAAAUUCACGUCCCAGUGGCGGAAAGCUUCAUUCAUUGGUGAAGAUUUCAGUUAUUAAGAAACCGAUGGCCUCUGAUGUAAAGAGUGAUGCAGAACCUGGGGGACUACAAUCUUUGUGCCAAUAUGGCAGUGAUGAAGAUGAGUAGGCAUGUUUAGUUUGUAUGACAUUAAUCUGUAAAUACUCCUUAUGAGUUAUCCUUUUCUUUUGUAUGAACCUUGCACAGUUUUAGAAAUCAUUCCAGCUAGAAGUUCCUAACGAACAAACAAAGCGAUGUUAUUAUGCUGGGAGUAACACUUUCAUUUCAUUGAUUCAUGUAUUCCAGAAUCAAAUCUCAGUCUCUAGUCAUUCCAUCACAUUGUUUUUUACUUGGUCAUGAAUGUAUUUUUGUAUUCUUUCUUAAA